CUCAAACGGACAAAAUCCGGAUAAAACGGACGUCCGUUUUGGGUCGCGCGGUGGAGUUGGCCUUAGACAACAUGACUAGUCGACAUAGGGUCCACAUACGCUGCGAUCUCAAGUCCACAUAUACACUGCGGCAGUCGGCAUAUCAAUCAGUCCAAGUCAAGCAAAGCGGCUGGGCGGGAUCUUAUCACAAGUCGAGCCAGUCCAUACACGGAUGCAUAUAUACUUACCACCCAGCCGCUUUGCUUGACUUGGACUGAUGUAUAUAUGCAACACAAGGAGAUGUGGUGGUAUCCCCUGAAAGCUCUGAACCGUGAAGCAUAUCAAGAGGGGAAAACAGCAAACAGGAGGCAUGAGGAGGAACACUCUCCUCGCCCUUGCGUCCUGGCUCAUGCUGCUUGCACUCUUCAUCACAACCGCCACUGCUUCACUGCCGUGCCAGUGUUGCUGGAUCGUGGAGCAUCCGAGGAGGACCUGCGGCCACGCCUGCUGCGGCGACAACUGCUGCCCGCCCGCUCCACCGCCAUCCGCAGGCUGAAAAAGGAUGCACAGGCUUGUUCAUCGGUAAUACAGAAGUAAAAAUAUAAAAAGAAAAUAAUCAGAGGGAAUGAUGUUGUGCUCAUACCUACGUGCUCUUCUGUGAGCAUGUAAUAGUCUCUGUUACUUUCCAGCAAUAAACAUCCCUUGGCUCC